CACUUUCCAGAGCUGCUCGAAGAAGCGGCCACGGAGCGGAGGGGCAGGGCUGUUCUGACCGUCCUCACCAUCGGAGGAGCUCUCUAAGGACUUGUUCUUUUCCAGUCCUCUCACUUCGCUGGUGUGGAUAUGUCAGUACAAGGCUCACUGAUUGUGUUGAGUAGCCUGAAACAUGGAGAAUGUUCAUCUCAAAUGAUCUGGAUGGUAUAUAUCUCUGAACUAUGAACAAGCUGCAACAGGAUCCAGGAUAUACAGGCAAGUUUUCAAAAGUGAGCGGCUAGUGAAUGACUGAAAUGGAAUCCUACAUUUGGACUUUUAGACAACACUGUGUUCAUUCAUCAGCAGCCAGUCCUCACUGCAGUCUCAACUCUUACUGUAAAUUGUGUCUCGGGGAUGAUAGUGUGUGGAGCUGGCGGACUGCUUUGUGUUGUCGUAGAGGAAUGCAGCAGCUCGGUCAGACAGUCUGUCUGUAACCUCCGUACAGCAGAGAGAUAGUCCGGCACGGUACGGCAAAGCACUCCAUGUCUGUCCGUCGGUAAGUCCUCUGACAGGUUGUGACCAGCAACGAAAGCUCUCAAGUUAUCUGUGCCAUGAAGACCAAGAAGGCCAGAGGAGUUGCCCCGACUUCACCUUCAUUCCGACGAAAGACUCGUUUCACCUUACGAGGAAGAAAGACAAAGGACGGGGUUAUCCAAGGCAAGCUUCGCAUUCGCUCCAUGCCCGGAGUGUUCCUGGUGCUAGGAGUCAUUGUGGUUGUUGUCGGUACUGCUCUGGCUGUCGCGGGGUACUGGCCUUAUCGGAUAUCAAGAUCGGCUAUCUUGGGAGCUGCAGAGGGGGAAAGCAUCUCUGAAGCACAGACUUCUGGCUGGAGCAUGGGAGCUAAAGGCCUUCUUUCCACAGCCAGCCUCAUCCACAGUGACCGGAUGAAGCUGCUGGGACCUGUCAUCAUGGGGGUGGGACUUUUCAUCCUCAUAUGUGCCAACACUGUUCUAUAUGAGAAUAGGGACAGAGAAACUCAGAUGCUGUUGGCUCAAAUGCGCAGUGUUAUCUGCUCUGUGUCUGCAGCUGUGCCCUCAGCAGACCUUAAAGAAAUAGCAGCAGCCAACUCAAUGGCCAAACACUACAAGUGGGUGAACAGUCUACCAGCUGCACAUCUCAAUAUCCUCUGUCUGCAACAGCUGGCCAACUCUGAGCCCUUGCUCCAGACCAGACACACCAGAGACCAGGAGGACAGUAUGGAGGGCAUCUACCAGCAAGCUGUUCUCCAGACAGAAGCCCUUCAUCACCAGGAGUCAGAGUGUCCACCUUCUCUGCACUCCUCCUGUUCUAACUCAUGUAAUUCCAGCCAGACAGACUUGAAUACACAGUUGAGUGCUGUAGGUGGUGGAAAAGCCAACUUCAACACACAGGCUCCGCCGCUUGUCAAGCUUGAUGUCUGCCUGGUGUCUGCCAGCUCCAUGUCCACCCUGGGGCUGGAUGAGGUGGAUGUCCGUGCUGCCCAGCCAAGACGGUGCCACAGUAUGAGUUAUAGGACUAAUCCUUACGUGGCCCAAACUGGUGUGAGGCUGGAGGAAGGACUCCUCACAUCCAGAGAGAAGGGUCAGGUAAAUCAGCUAGUAAUCACUAGCAGAGAGGGUGGUUCACAGGAUUGCAUGAACAUUCCUGGGCAGGUAGCUGACACUGCAGAGGAGCAGACUCACCAAAGCUGGCCUCGGCUAGAUCUGGGCAGCGGGAGACGAUAUCUGAAACUGGAGAACAGAGAGGACUCAGUGGACAAACUGCUAGACCAGUUAGAGCAGCAGUGCUCUCAUUUCGACAAGAGUUUUGGGUCUGGGCCUUUCCAGUGAUGGCUGCUUUUGCUACACAGUAUAGAGGAUACAAACACACUGAUGACCAAGGCAUAAUAUUUUUCCUGGAUUAUAAAACUGCUUUGUGUUUAGACCAUUUGGAGUAUGAUAUUAUCUCAGAAAAAUCUUCCAAAACUUGGACCCUUUCUCAAUCUUGAGUGGAAUAUUGAUAGACACUGGUUAUGGUCUCUGCUUGGGAGAAUGUGGCAGAUGUUUUAUACAAUUCAAGGAGAAGAAGACUAUGCAUCUCCUACAUGGUCACAGAUGAAUGAAGCAAUUUGACAGAUUGUUUACUUCUGCAGUUUGGAAUGGUAUCAAUGCAAAAAAAUCAACUGGUAUCUUGCCAAAGUGGUUUGUCUGUUUCCAUGACACAGUGUGCACAACCCAGUGAAGGGAAGAAAGACCGGUGGAAGGGGAGGGGGAUCGAUUUCACUGUGCAAUCAAUUUUGAACCAAACUACCUGGAUUCCUGAGCCUAUUAAGUGCUGACAGCUCUUCACAAAUGCAACUGCUAUAUUACAUGGGACUUUUUUCUUACUGAGGUCCUAUACUCCCAUUGCAAUGCAUGGCAGUGAUGUACAGAAUGCUACAUCUUAAUCUUUAUGCAGAAUAAUGUAAUUGUCGUUUUAGUAUGUAUACAAAACAAUGAUAGUUAAAGGAUAAUUCUGUUUUAUCACAACUUGGAUCUUUUUUUCUCUGGCUUGGCCAUCAUUUCUGGUAUCAUUUAUGAUAAAGUUGUACUCAACUUUCUGUCUGUCUGUACCCUCAGCACACGGGACACACAACCCCACAUGUCCUAGUAGGCUUCACGCACAUUAGUCCAUAUUGCAGCUAUGUUAUUAUUUUGGUAUAUUGCAUACAUUUCAGUCUUGCUUUGCUCUUUUGUUCUAUAGACACCAUCAGACUUUAUUUAAGGAUCGAAACAAAAACCAGAUGUGAAUAAUAAGUGAGUGAAUAAAACUUGUCAAACAGAAAAACACCAAAAGUCAAAUAUUCUGAAUGAACCACCAGCUGACAAAUCUUUUAAGAUGAGUCAUCAAUAUCGAACCUCUGGGUGAGAUCUGAGUCUGUGGCCAUAGGUGGCAACAAGUUCAGCUGCUCUGUAGUUAGUCGUUUUUGGUGGUGUUAGUCCACAUUUCAGAUUGUAUAAAAAAACAUUCUGUUUUGCAGUUGCAGACAGGAAAAGAUGCAGAUAGUCAAGGAAAUCAGACACUAGCCAAAAUGUACAUGUUAGGCAAUACUGACUGUAUUUCACAAUUCAGCAUUAUUUUCCGUGGUUUGGGAGAAAAGUCGAAUAAACGUGACAAAUAACAGUUUAUCAGAGAAGCAUUUCUCCAAAUAUAGGGACGAACAGAGGACAGCACGUUUCCUCACCCAUUCUGUCUCUAGCUUGCAUCUGCAGGUUUUUCUGUUUAACUUCAACUUAUGCAGACACAUUGAAAAUGUGUAUUGACAUGUUAAAGUUAUUGUUGACCUUACGCUUAAUUCUGUUCAAUGAGCAAGGCUGCUCUUUCAGCUACUCUACAAAAUGAUACCAAUUAUUUAACAUUUUUAUUUACUGUACAUGUGUUUGCACUGUGUCAUUCCUCUGUGCUUUUACGGAAGUUCGGUUACAACACUACAUUUGAAGUCUUCCUAUUAAGCAUUUAUAAGCAGUGCAUAAAAAUUAAUACAUGGUUUGUAACACACUAAUGUAGAUCUAAGCAAAUAGGCAUUUUUUUCAUUUGUCAACUACAAUUCCUUUUGUGGAUACCAAUAAGUGGAGGCUGCAGUAUAAACAGAUAAAGAAUGAUGAUAGAAUAAAACACAGCUUUAAUAAUAAACUUAUGUUUAUAGGUGAAGUUGUCAUUGCUGAUGUACUGUACAACAAUAAGCACUUCAAAUGUCCUUAUAGCUGCCGACAACUGCAUUAUAGUGUGUUACAAAGUAUUAAAUAAUCAUGUAAUAUUUAAAAAUGUUAAAGUGUUCCUAACUAACUCAUUUGUUCUGCUGGUAAUUCGUGUUAUUAUUAGUAAGGAAAAUGACUCAUGUUAUGAAAAUAAGACCCAAGUGUGAAAAAAAUAUCCUUAAUAAUGAUGGAGAAAUGUUUUAUGUUGUCCAUCUCCUUGUUAAUGCUGCAUUAUCUUAAUGUAAUUAAAUGAAAGCAGGGAUGCCUCCUCCUGCCGGUCUCCUGUUGAUUUGUCCCCUUUCAGAAUGCAGCCAGUAUUUAUGAGGAGGAUCACCCUGCCCAAAUGUAUCCUGCACUCUCGCUACCCAUCCUUUGAUCAGCCGUCAGACUGGAUUGUGCUGAUGAGGCAACCCUGCAGCUCCACUUAGAUUUAGAGAGGUGAACAGUAUUACUGCUUACCGCUUGGUGUGUGUCAUAGAAGAAUAUGAAUCACAAUUUCAUGGGCCCCCUGCUCCUUGCCUUGCUUUACACCAUGUGAAGAAGUGCAGAGGUGACUACCCCUUGGUCCAUGUUUAAAUCAACACUUUUACUCUGGUUUUCUUUCUGUCUGUGCUUCCUGUUCUGUAUGCAAUGUGUGGCAUUUUGUGUUCUAAAUGUAUACUAAGCAAUAUGAGCAGUCUGACAGAACAGUCAGUGGCUGUGUUUUGCACUGUGUCGGCCACUAAAUUAAACAACAACCAUGCCUGUGUUGCCAAUUUAAGGCAAAGCAAAAUCCACUCCUGUUUGCUGUUGUCUCAUUUUUUAAUCUGCCAGUUUAAUGGCUUCUCUAUGCAGCAUACAAUCAUCUCUCCAUCAUACUACUGCAUACCCUUACCUUGAAGGAAACUUUACACUUCAUCCAGGCUGAAAACAUCCAGCUGUGAUUUGGACAAUUGAGACCUACAAUCAUAUUAUUAACUGAUGAAUGGAAAUGUGAGAAGUGGAGUUUUUGCUCUCUUGCUCCACAGUACAAGCUUGAUAUUUUGUUCAUAACAGGGAUGUGUUGAAGUGGCAAAGGGGAAUUCCCCAGUUGCAAUUAUCCUCAGCAGAGCCUCCUGCACACUCCACAUGGUUCCCUUCUUAUUAGACUUUAUGGUUCCUUCAGGGCAGGAAUGUGGUCUCUCAUGAUCUCUUCUCAUUUAACUGGUCAUUUACAAGAUGGCUUCAGGGUUUCCAACAGCUCAUAAAGAUAGCAUGCAGGGCCCCCUGUUUUUUGCGGCAAAUGCACAGGAAGUUUGAAGAUAACACAAUUUAUCAGUUCCAACAAACAAACAUUUGUUUUAGCUCAUUUCUGCAAAUUAUGUAGACAUUACUGCUAACACUCUACAAAAGCAUACAUAUAUUUUAUGUGUUUUUCUAAUGUUCCACCAUGCACCUCAUAUUUAUUUUAUCACAGUAUGGAGACCAAUUUGUCACAAGUAUUAUAGCAUGCUAAUAUGAAGAAUUUGCUGCUAUUAAUCAUUAUGAAAGCAAACGCAGCAGACAUGAUGUUCAGUGUGAAGGAUUACCUGCUUUAACCUACACACGGCACUUAAAUUAAUCCCUUUUUAAUUUUUUUUUUCUGUUGUGUUUGCCUUUAUUUUGAAAGGGACAGUGGAGAGAAGAACAGGAAAAGCAAAGAGUGUAGGAAUGACACACUUCAGCAGUGUAUUGGCUACUCAGAAUAUUUGUACCUCCUUGUGCUUUUCACUCUUGCCACUCGGCUACAGUGUCUCCCUAAAAUACCAAUAUCUAAAACAUUCUAACAUGUUUUGAACAGAACAAGUAAGGACUGAUUUGGCAAUUUCCCACUUAACUAUGACAUGAUGAUAUUAGUGCAUUAAAACAAACUAGUAAAUACUCAUCGGAUAACUUUUGUUCUUUAAAUGUGGCUCGAGGAUUGCUCUGCUAAUUUUGGAUGUUGGAUGUUACCUUGAAUAACACUGAGUUGAAUAAAUGCUCCAUGAGGAGUGCACCACCAAUUAUCUGUCUUCAUUCGUUCUGCGAGCCAAUCAGCCUUACGACUCUGUUCUUUCAUUUCAGUUCUGCCAUUCUUCCUUCUAGGCAACUGAACGUGCAACCUUCCUCCUCAACAUCUAUACCUUAUACGGAUGUCCACAUGUCCUACCUUCAUCUGGGACCCCACCCCCUCAUGCCUGAUGUUGCUUGUCACUGGAGUCUAACAGACAAAAUGUUGCAGAAAUGUGAGCAUGGUAUAAUAAAUAAACGUGUCUCUACUUUCA